AUGCCCAUACCAGACAUUAGCGACAUCGAACCGGUCUACAUCAAGAUCUACAUGCUCACAAAGCUCACCCCAGAAGAAGAAAAGACCUACCUGGCAGCCAUCACCGCGCCACUAGAAGAAGAUGUCGACGACAGCUGGGUCAGACCCUCGCUCGUCCCCUGGCCCUGCGACACCGACGGCAGCGUCGAAACAGACCUACUGCGCCUCUACAAGCAAAGAACAACACCCAACCCAGAGGACGACAACUGCGUGCGUCCGUUCUGCUUCUUCGCCGACCGCCAGAGCGUCGAGGAGGGCGGCACCAUCCUGGUCGACAGAGACCUGUACACGCUCCGCAUCUCCAAGGAGGCGAGCGAACGCCACUCGGCGCUGGCCGACGAGGCGGGCAUCGAGCUGCCGGCGAGGGACUGGUCGAGGAUGCUGGCGUUGAUGGAGAGGGUCUCGGAGGAGAUGCUGGGGUGGGGCGUCGCGUGGGGGAGGGAGCCUGGGGCCUGUUGGAGGCCCAGCUGGAUGAAUUUGGAUAUUUCGAACAUGAUGAUGAGGGAGCUUGUUGAGUUUCAUGGCGGCGAGGUGAAGAUACUGAGGGAUCCGGAGUGGGACUCUGGGCCGUUUGUGAGGAAGCUGAAGGUGGAACUUGAGAAGAUGAAGGAAGAAGGAUUGGAAAAGAAAAAGGAUUAA